AUGACUGUGGAUCGGUACAUCGCUAUCAUGCGUCCCUAUGCCUACAUUGAAAUCGUCACCAAGACUCGUUUUCUGAUUGCCACAGCUCUUGCAUGGACAUUGACCACAAUCAUGCACAUUAUGUUGCUCAUUGACGAGGAACUGGUUAGAUAUAUUAAGCAUCCUGUCAUAGUUUCACUUAUUACAAUCACUGUAAUCUGCAACGUGAUAGUUUAUCGUCAGGUGCAUCGUCAUGAAAAGCAAAUAGCAGCUCAGCAAGUCGAUGUAGCGAGCAGAGAAAACUUUUUAUCUCAAAGGCGAGCUUUCAAAUUAACAGUGACGAUUAUUAUUCUAAUAAUAAUAAUAAGUUACUUACCGUAUAUUAUUCUCCUAAGGCUCGUGGAGCCAAUGAAAAGCAUUGUUAGCUUGCGUUCACUGAGAUCCAUUUUUAUGGCUGUUCUUAGUUUAGCGGCUUUUAACUCUUUUAUGAAUCCGUUUAUUUAUUGUAUAAGGUUAAGACAAUUUCGGGUCGCAUUCAUCGAAUUAAUGACACUGAAAAGCCACAAUGAAGCUGAAUAA